CACGAUUUCGCGUUCGUCACAAAUUGGCAGUCAUUUGCCCUACCGCAUUCAUGCAAGAUGAAUCCUGACGGCAGGGUUUGUGAGGAGGGCCUGCAGGCGAAGCAGCCUAGGCACUUCAAGGACUUGCGCAGAAAGACAAUGGCAAGUCCUAGUAGCAAACGUAUGCUUGGAAACCCGUGGCGCCUGGACCGACUUUGCGUCGCUGGAGCCCUUUUCAUGUCUUUGAAUGCAGCAACAUCAAGACUUACAGCAUGGUCCUUGAGCGGGCCUUCUGAAGGCUGUGGAGGAUCAUCCUCGCGGCUUCGCACAUCCAGAGGCUUGCAGUCUGCAAUCACACUGGGUGCCAAGCUCGAUGAUCUGGAUGGUGUGGUGUUGGUGCCCAUGGAGGAGGAUGAUGUGGCCAUCGAGGACAUGAAGCCACCCCCACUUCCAGAAUUGAAGGUAAAAGAUGAGGAUGAGAAGCGAGAGUACCCUGCCCUUGAUGGAUUUUCACCUUCAAAGCCAAGGAUUGAUCGAAUGCCGGGCGCAGAGGGCCUGGAAGAUGGGAGGCGGUCGCUCACGGGCGAAGCCAUUGCCACGGAAGGUCUCGAACUUGUGGCCGCGAAGGCCAAACCUGGCCGCAACAAGAGAUGGCUGAAAGGCCGGGGAACCAUGAAGAGGAAGAAGCUGGAGGAGAAUGCGCAGCUUGAGAAGUGGUUGGGAGAGAACGGUGUGUGGGUGUCAGAAUCUGCUGACUGGGGCCGACCUUCCUCCGGUGUUUCCAUGGCAGUGGAAACACGAGAGCAGACUGAGAAUGAAGUUUCAGGACGUGGGCUGGUUGCGCGCCGCGAUGUAGAGUGCUAUGAAGACCUGGCGCAGGUCCCGUACAACCUCCUUCUGACCAAGGACACUUCCAGAAAUGUCUUUGGCGUGGAUUGCAUAGGAACCAAUAUGAGCGAAUAUGCAGCCAUUGCACUGCAGCUCAUCUAUGAAAAGUUUGUGGCAAAGGAGGACUCAUUUUGGGCGCCUUAUAUCGCAGUUCUACCUUCAACUGAUGAGAUUGGUGCGUCCUUUGCUUGGGAUCGACAGGAACUGGACACCCUGCUUGCUGGCAGCCCUUUGAGGAAUAUGUCCUACUAUCUACAGGACCAGAUCAAGGCGGAAUUCACGAACAUUCAGGAAACGAUUAUGUCGAAGUUCCCCGACACCUUUCCGGAGGAUGCCUUCGUGUACGAAAACUAUGUUUGGGCGUAUUCUGUCCUCUUCAGUCGAGCAGUUCGUCUUGAUUUCCCGGACGACCUGGACGCGGAAGACAUCGUGGCUUUGGUCCCCUACAUCGAUCUGAUCAACCAUAAUCCCAAUUCCGAAUCACGGAUCCGUGGAGUCUCAGAAGGGGCGAGUAUCCCCGGUGUUUCAGAGCCUGAGCGUUCUGUUGUUGUCAGGGCAGACAGAUAUAUCAACAAGUACGAACAAAUCUAUAUCUCUUACGGCCGGAAAUCAAAUGCCCAACUUCUGAUGCUCUAUGGUUUCAGUAUGGAACGGAAUACGCAGGACUUUGUGACCUUCUCCACCGGGCAGCUGUUAGAAGACAGUCCAUUUGCCGAGGUGAAGAAGCGCAUUUUGGAGGAGCUGGAAGUUCCCAAAGAGGGAGUCUUCCCCCUCUACCGAGAUCGCUUUACUGGCGAGAUGAUGAUGUUCUUGAGGCUAGCGGUGGUGCAACCAGAUGAUUUGGACAUGGAUGAAGAUGCAGACGAGCAGCAGGUCUACAGGGCUCUAAAGCAGCUUGAUAUCAAGCAGGCAACUGGUGAGGUUAGCGAGCGGCGUGCGCUCAUUUGUCUUCGUGGAAUUGUGCAGGACUUGCAGGAUGCAUAUCCGACGACCAUACAGGAGGAUGAGGCCUUGAUCCGUGACCGGCAAAUGUUCGAGCUACUUCCUCGAAAUCAACGCAAUGCUUUGCGCGUGAGGUAUGGUGAAAAGCUCAUCAUCCGUGCGUCCUUGGCAACCAUUGACCGAAUCCUGAACAACUUGGGAAGGUUGAAGCAGAUGGAAGAACAAGAAGAUAAACAGCGUCGGGAGAUGGAGAAGUCGGCCUUUGGAAGACUGAGUGUCUCUUUUGAUUCUCCGUUCAAAGCGAGAAAUCUGGAGGAGCUCAUGAAAGAGCUGGACAUUUGAUGCUUGCAUCCUUUCUGUACAUAGAUGAAAGGAUUGAGAAAUUUUGUACACACCUUCGCAGGGGCGCGACCUUAGCUGCUCCCUGGCAAUCAAUCUCUGAAAAAGCAGCAAAGUUGCUACAAUUUGUACAGUUGCUUCAGAGCAGCAGUGAUUGUUCCAGUCCAGCUGCAUGGAUGGACCACCUGGCUUUUCUUCAUAGCAUGACCAAUGCGUGAUUUGCAUGACAGCC